UUUGUUGUUAUUUCGCUUGACGUGUUUGGGAAAACUGGCGUGAUACAGAACUAAAACUUUUAGUUUUUCGGAUUCAAGAUGGGUGCGUUGGGCUCAAUUUUUAAAAAAAAAGAUCCGCGGACACCUAUAAAAGGACCUUUACCGAGGAUAAAGAAUAUCUUUACAGUACAUUUUAGAGGAUUGAUUGGUGUUAUAGUGCCGAUAGCUCUUUUAUCGUGGCAACCAUCAAAAGGACAGAAUGAUAUUACUGUGAUGUGCCUUUGGUUCUGGAUGGCUUGGUUCUUUUUACUGCAACCAGUUAAUGUUCCCGUGGUUGGAUUAAUUCCAUUAUUCCUGCUUCCUAUGGCAGGAGUCAUGUCUACCGUGGACACUUGCACGAGCUAUUUUGACGAUAACGUGGCUCUAUUUAUUUUGGCUGGUAUGAUCCAUCUACUGUUGAACAGUUGCGGUGCAGACCGACGUAUAAUAUUGUGGUUGCUAUGUUCAGGAGACAGCUGUCAGUUCUCUGGAAAAAGAAUGGUACUAAAGGCCAGUGCUGCAGCUUUUUUCAUGUCAAUAAUAAGCAAUAGGCUUAUUGUGACGUCUACUAUCAUUCAGUACUUGACGCCUGCUUACAUGAAUUUACAGUCCUCUACAGCUAAAUACAGAUCUACUGAGCCAGACUACGAUGUUAUGCGUCAUAUUGUUCUAUGUGCUGUACAAACUGCUUCUUCUAUAGGGAGUGUAGCUGUUUUGCAUGCAUCGUUUGCUACGUUGGCUAUGCGCGCUAUUUGGAGUAGACAUCCACCUAAAGGCGAAGAAUUCCCGGAUAUAUUUAACUACUUGCAGUACACCUGUUUCGCGUUCCCCUUGGCUUUCCUGAUGUUUAUAUUCAACUUCAUCUACCACAUGUUGCUAAUAAAUUAUGUAUUAGGCAAACCAAUGAGCGGAAAUAGUAUGGCUCAAAUGAGGAAUAUGCUGUUAGAACAGGAAAAAACAGCAAAACCUAGUUUAUCGACUUAUCAAAAGUGGUGCAUCUUCUUUUAUUUCGGAUAUCUGGCGAUGUGCAUGUUCCGAUGGAGUGAUUGGCUAAACAUGGGAUGGUCUGGAUUUAAAAAGGUCGUACCAGAAGUACCACUUAUUAAAGAUGCCACAGUAGCUGCUAUCUUUGUCGUUGGAUUACACGUCUUGCCGAAAUCAUUUUUGUUCAUGAACUAUUUGACAGCCAGAACUAAAUCAGAUAUAGGAGAGGUCCUCAAACCAGAUUCCCCAGUUAUGUGGUGGCGAUAUGUGGAUAAAAAUACUAAUUACGGUUACAUUUUCUUGAUUGGUGGAGGCAUAGCGUUAAAUACUGCCUUUCGAGUUAGUAAGGCUAACGAAAUUAUAACUAAACACGCAAAAUCAUUAACUGGUAUGGAUUGGAAUGCUGCAGUGUUUGUUAUAAGUGUCAUAGCGACUUUGCUUCCCAAUGUGAUGACCGGUGUAGCAGCCGUUUGCACGUUUCUACCUUUCGUUUUGCACAUGGCAACACCAACCACGACGUUACGGGACGACACAGAAGUGAAUCCUUGGACUAACAACAACUAUUUAGCUGCACUGGCUGUUGGUAUAGGGAGCUCGCUUGGUUUUGCAGCUCCAUUUCUUUACACGCCAGCCUACUUUUGUCAUUAUACGGGAAAAGUGCCUAAAAAACAAAUGAUUAAAUAUGCCAUCGGAAGUGCUAUUAUUUGCUUCAUUAUAUUAGGAGCUGGAAUAUGUAUCAUGGGACCUAUUGUUUGGGUUUCCAAGAGUGUUGGCGUAAAAAGUUAUGCAGUCAUAACUGCUGCUGAGACUACGGCAGCUACUGAAAGCACUCCGGAAGCGUAAACGAUGCCGUGUAGAAUAAAAACUGGCAUACUACUGCCGGGUUAGCCCGCUUCCACCUUAGACUGCAUCAUCACUUACCACUAGGUGAGAUUGCAGUCAAAGGCUAACUUGUAUCUGAAUAAAAAAAGUUUUCAAGUUCCGUUUGCCCGCCCAUACUAAAUGAGAGAUUUACUUCUGGUAUGCUUUUGUAACGUUUUUAAAUUUUAAUAUCAUGAUUUCAAUAGUCUUUUGAUGGAAAUGUCUAAAUUUCAUUAAAGUGAAAGGAACACUUUGCUGUAAUAGAUAUAACAAUAGAAUCUUGAUAAUUUACUGUAAUAUGCUGUGCUUUAGGUUAUGAAUAAAGUUUUGCAUAUUUUAAGGGGAA